AAACUUUUACAGGGACCUCGCACUGAUAGAAACAAACCUAGGUAGCUCCAGCUCCCCUGUCAGCUUAGUGCUUGUUUAAAGCCCUCUGCCCUCCAGGGCUUCUCUGUACACGAUACUGUCUGCGAGACUGCAAGGUUAUUUUCAAUAGAGCUUUUGCAUUGUUUGAAAGCAGGGUAAAGGAUGAUGCUUAAUGAGCACAAGACUUAACGUCACCGCUAACCCACUGUUGAAGUGAGCCAUUAUUGAGUCUACAGAUGCGCUGAACAGACUGCUUGUCUAGCUUGCACUCCCAACAGCUGUUUUCACUUCACACAAAGGCAUUGAUGCCAAGUUGAUACAGCUAAGAGCUUGCAUUCUUGUGCCUGCUACACUAAUUGGUCUGUUAGUAAUGAUCUUCUGCCACAAGCCUGGCCUGGCCUUCCCCAGCCAUCAAAAGAUUUGUACUACAAACAGCUAGUCACUGCCAAAAUGACAUCUUCAAGCUCUGCCCAGUAUCCAGCAGCAGAGAACGCCUGCAGAAUCACACUUGGACAAGUCAACCAGGUGCGACCCAAACUUCCGCUUCUGAAGAUUCUGCAGGCUGCAGGUGCACAAGGUGAAACCUUCACACUGAAGGAGGUUAUGCAUUACCUAGGACAGUAUAUAAUGGUGAGGCAGCUAUAUGAUAAAAGACAGCAGCACAUGGUCUACUGUGGAGGAGAUCAGCUGGGAGAACUGCUGGGACUGGAGAGCUUCUCUGUAAAAGAUCCAAGCCCAGUCUAUGACAUGCUGAAACGGAACCUGACUUCUGCUGCUAUGGCAGAUGCUGCACAGAAUCUCGCAAAGGAACAGAGCAUCGAUAAGCCAAGCCAAGACCAACUGAAGUAUAGCCCACAAGAAGGUUCAGACACUGGCGUAACGGAGGGUGAAAGCAAUGCGUCUGCUUUGUCUACCUCAGAGCACAAAUGUGGGAAUUAUGAAGACAAAGACUUAAUAGAAAACUUCUCUAAAAGCAAGAAGCCUAAACUGGACCUAGUGUUUGAGGAAUGGGAUGUAGCUGGUCUUCCAUGGUGGUUUUUAGGCAACCUCAGAAGCAAUUACAAGUCCAGAAGUAAUGGAUCAACAGAUAUUCAGACUAACCAGGACUUUCAGCCUCUCCCUUGCGUGUUCCCGUCCCAGCCUUUCACAUCACACGGUUACCUUUGGUGUUCCUACAUAAACUGUGCGCUCUCUGAAGGCUGUGUUCAGCCAUUGGAGGUCCUUCUGCACUCGAGAGCAUUGGACGUAGACACUGCCAUUGUUUCAGAUACUACUGAUGACUUGUGGUUCCUCAACGAAUGUCCGUCAGAUCAAAGCAGUGCCACAGUCAAAGUGGAAACAGUAGACUGCGAGGAAGUGAAAGAAGAUGACAAAAAGGUAAAUGAGGAUACAUGUUUGCAUGACUUUGAGGAUUCUCAGUGCUUAAGUGAUGACACAGAUACAGAAGCUGCCUCUGAGGACUGCUGGCAAUGCACCAAAUGCAAGAAAUUUAACUCUCCAGUCAAACGGUACUGUUACCGCUGUUGGGCCUUACGGAAAGACUGGUACUCAGAUUGUCCCAAACUGGCUCAUUCUCUUUCUCUGUCCAACAUUGAUGCUAUGCAAAACAAAAACGAUGAUGAAGGGAUAGAUGUCCCCGACUGCCGAAGGACUGUUUCUGCUCCAGUUGGCCAACCCAAAGACCUGUACGGGCUAGAAAACAAAUCACGUGUAGAUCCCUGUAGCUCUCUUGAGUCUUUGGAUUUGGCACGAAAAUGUGAAAGCAAGGAGUCUCUGUUGCAGUUCACAGAGCAUAAAAAGGAGGAAGAAAUACAGUCCUUAGAGAGCAUAAAAAAAUUACUGAAUCCUUGCUUCUUAUGCCAUCACAGACCACGAGAUGGGAAUAUUGUCCAUGGAAGGACCGCUCACCUGGUGGCCUGUUUCAAGUGUGCAAAGAUGCUGAAGAAGAAGAGGUCGCCUUGUCCAGUGUGUAGGAAGGAGAUUGAGAUGGUGAUCCGAAUCUUCAUGGGGUAGUUGUGUUAGUUCAGUGCUCCUCUGCCAAAAGAUUUCACACAGAUUUUCUUGCAGUCCCACAAAACCUAACUUUAGCACUCAGCUGGUGAAUACCAAAGAGAAUUAAGAUGCAAAACUGACUAAGGCCACUGAGGAAUCCUCUGCAUCGAAUGAAGCCGCAUCCGGUUUUUGAUGUCCGUUAAAUUAAAGCAUUUAUGGAGCAGGGAGCGACUGACACGUUUGUAUCAAUGCCCUAGGUUUGAAAUUGUCUAAAUCUUUUAAUUUCAGAAGUUCUGUGGUGUCACUAUGAUUCUCUCUUCUGACAACUGCUCCUUGCAGAAAGCAAGUUUUGGAAAGAGUUAUAACCUUAGUUGUUGGAGUGUUGUUCUCCAGUAAGUCAAAUCCUGUGCAAUGCCUUUGAAGGGAGGAGUCCACAUUUGGAAAAGAUG